GCUAGACAUGUCCCAGAGGCGAACCCGGUCCGGAGGGGACGCCCAGUGCUCCGGGCCCAGCGCCCCAACUUCCACUCAGUCUCUAAGGAGGUCCCAGCGGAAAUCAGGCUCUGAUCUCCCAAGCAUGCUCCCGGAAAUCUGGCCUAAGGCACCCCAGGCGGCUCCAGUCAGAAAGCCCAUCGUCUUGAAGAAGAUCGUGGCCCGUACUGUAGAGAUGCCGUCUGUUCAUUCGCCUCGAAGGAGCCCCCGGAUCGCUGUUUUUUUGGAUAAAGAAAACAACCCUCCUAGCAAGGAGCCUACUCGGGAGGACCUCUUCCAGACAUGCAGUGUCCCUGUCACCUCUGCCUCCACUCCUGUGCUGUGCUCCCUGAAUGCUGAGUCCGACUCCGGGGAAGGAGACCUGGACGCCAGAGACUUGGAAAUGUCAAAGAAAGUCAGGCGAUCCUACAGCCGCCUGGAGACUCUUGGCUCUGCCUCCACCUCCACCCCAGGCCGCCGGUCCUGCUUUGGCUUUGAGGGGCUGCUGGCGACAGAAGACCUGGCUGGAGUCUCGCCUGUGGUGGGUUCAAAGUUAACUGAGGUCCCCAGGGUCCCUGUGAAGCCCUGGGCCCCAGACACAACUCUCCCUGGAAUCUCUCCGCCGGCCGUGAAAGAGAAACGAAAGAAGAGGAAGGUGCCGGAGAUCUUGAAAUCGGAGCUGGAUGAGUGGGCCGCGGCCAUGAAUGCUGAGUUUGAAGCUGCUGAGCAGUUUGAUCUCCUGGUUGAAUGAGAUGAAGUGGGGGUGUCCCUGGCCAGACUCCCCUCCUCCCCCUGUACAUAGUCCCCUCUCCCUGUGGAGAAGACACUUGGGGUCCCCUCCCCUGGUCUCGUUACCUGUGCGUGGGCUGUUGCUGCACAUGAGGCCUGUCCUCUGAGGGCUGGCACGGUGGCAGCAGCCGUUUCAGCUUGAGGAAAUGGGGCCCGCCUGGCCCAGCCCCACACUGGUGUCCUGUCUGUAGUCAGUCACCUACCAUCCUUUCCCCACUACGUCCCAGAGUAUCCCAGCCGGCUUCCAGUCGGGCCUCAGACUAGGGAGUAGGAAUCACUGGCCCAGCCAAAGAGGUUAAAGGGCUGGGGGCCGGGGGUGAGAGAGAGCACCUCUGCUCUCGUAGGGAAAUGUGGCCACUCUGCAGCAGCCCCACCAGAGAUGGCUGCCGGGGGCCACAGCCAGCCUCGGGCUUUCUCUACUGAGUUGCCUCUGCUGGGGCUUGUCCCAGCCAUGAGCGCAUCUAGGUAACGAGGCUUGGGUUUCCUCUUAGAUUCUGUAGGUGGUCCGGGAGGACUGUGGCCAUGGAAUGGAGACAAUUCUAUCCGUGAGGAAGAAGCAGAAUAUUCAGCCUAUAGUCUUAAGUUUUGAAGGCGGGAGGGAAGCCUUUGUUGGGUCUCAGACUGUAAAUGUCUGCUGCACAAUAGCUGUGUUUUAUAGUUCUGUGUGCUGUUGCUGAGAUGUUCGGUUAAAUGCAGGCUGAUGGAGCAGUGGCUGCUUGGGGAGAGAAGGUGUCUCCAGACCCCCCAGAACCUGGCUCAGGGCAUCUGGACUGAUAACUGCAGAGAGCAGGAAGGGGCCCACGGCAGGAGGCGCCCCCUCUUAUCGCUCAUACCUAUUUUUUACAAAACGAAGCGUACAGCGUCUACUUAGCUCUAGAAGAAGAACUUAGGAGUGGAAUGGUCCUGGUGACAUUAGCAUUUCGUAAAGUUCUAGGAAGCUUUUCUCACGUGCCAGAAAGGGGCCAGGGUUGAUAGCAGUUUUAACUUUCAGCUUCCUUAGUGUCCUCUCACGGGAGGACACUGCCUGAGGUAGGUGCUAGGAGUUGAACUAGGGGGAGGGUGGGGUCAUCUCAUUGUCUCUGGGGAUCCCCACUCCCCUAGCCCCUGUUUCUCCUUUCUCAAUAUUGUUAACAAUAUUCUCAAUAUUGUUAAAAGGUGAGCUUUCAAAGGCUGCCCAACCACAGCUUCCGCCAUAGCCCAGGGCUUUGUGCCUUUUGAUGUUUACAGGUUCAUGGAAGUAGGGGAUGAGAGGAGUGUGGAGAGGCUAGUGGAUAGCAGAGAAUAUCAGGGAAGAUGAGUGCUUGCUUGGUUAGGGUCUCUGAAAUGGCAAAGGCCUGGUGGGUGCUAGUUAAACUCUUUGCAAGGCCUAGGAGUCCUGAAGAGUCUUGUCCUCGCUGGCUGGCGGGACAACUCCUGGAAAAUGUCUUAGUCCUGCAGAAUCGGGAGUAGCCAAACGAUAUUGAGUUGAUGUCAUGACUGCAAACUUCUCUCUGUCCCUGAAAAACUAAGAAUGGAGUUUAAGGAAAAACUGGGGUUUGUUUUUUAAAGAAAACAACAAUUAAAGAGUUUCUGCCUGUUCGUAGACUUUCUUUUGUUGGGUCAAAGGCAGAGCUGAAGGUGUGGGACCCAGGAAGCCAUGCCUUCUUUGGGCUGUGUCACCAGGGUUGUCCCUUUGUAUGGGGGGCUGCCAGCCUGGCCUCCAGUAGCCUGUGGUAGAUCACUCCCACCCCCGCCCCACCCCCAGGUCUGUUUUUUCUGUCCAGUCACUCACCCACUCCUCUAAGAAGGGGAGCCCCGUACUCUCCUGUCCCAGGAGGAAAGAAGUCUGUCUGGGGUGAGGCUGCUAAGAGCUUCGCUUAGUGCCUGGGAACCAACCCUCCACCCCACCCCGAGUCCAGCUCUUAUUCCCGCCCCCUCUCCCUGACAGACUCCUGUGAAGGAGCCGGUUCCUCACACAUUGGCCCAGCCUGGGUGCUCUACAGCAGUGGGUGCAGAACCCCAUGGGGAGCCAGUCAAAGGUGCGACUCCCAGGAAUUAUCGCACUCGGCCAGAGGAGGCCCAGGGACAUACGUGCACCUUGAUGCAGGUGUCACAACCACUGUCCUUCCCCUCAUCCUUCCUACGCUUGUCCUUGCCUCCUAGUCCUUAGAACAAAUUAAGGCCUUUAAAUUCUUUAAUUCUCCCUAAACCUCCCCACUUCUACCUCCUUCCCUUACCCAGAGGAGAGCAGGCUCCUCUUUUCAAGGCCAAGCUUUGCAUUUUGGCUUUUGAUCCAAUUCCCUCAUCUCUGAGACCUUGUUCCUCUUUCUCCUACAAGUCUUAAACAGGUUUAUGUUCAUUUUAUUGUUAAAAACAACCACCCUAAUCCUAACCAAAAAAUUUUGUCCAGCAUCUGUUUUCAGCUACUAUUAUGCUUUUUAAGGUUAAGCUCCUUGAAAAAUGUUCAAAAGUUGCUUUCUGCUUCUGUUUCAUUUACUUUGGAUGCCCUCGUCACUCCAUUUACUGCUUGGGCAGAAGUAACCAGUGACCCCCUAAUGCCCAGUGCUAAAGACUCGGGCCUCUGUAGCCUUGGCGGAGAACACCUUCUUGGGGCCAUGGCACUGCUGGCCCCUCUUUCUUGGAUUCCUCUGAAAUAUCAGGACACCCAGGUCCAGUCCUGGACCCUCUUUCCAAUCUGCUUGCUCUCUCUGGGCCACCUCCUUGCUCAAGACUUGCUAGUCUAUCUCCAAACCAUACCUCUCUCCUGGGCUUCAAACUGGAAUCUAGAACUGUCUUCUAAAACUGUAUCUCAAAAGAUUAAAAAAAAAAAGAAAAUUGUAUCUCAACUCAGAAGUCAUCGCAAAUUCAUCGCAAAUUCAGCUCAUCCACCAGCUUGCCUUUUCCUGUGCUCCCCCUGAUGUUAGCAACACCACCGGCUGACCCGAGUCGCACAAGCCAGGAAACUGGGGGUCCUCUGCAGCUCUACCCUCUCCUUUACCCCAUCCCAUCAGCCCCACUCUCAACAUCCCUCCAUCCCCAUGGCCACUGGACAGUUGCUCUGGCCUAGUGGGUCUUCUUCCCUUUACUCUCACCUCUCCAAACUGUCCACACUGUGGCCAGAAUGAGUUUUCUAGGAGACAAAAAUAUGAUGCUGUUUCUCCCCUGCUUAAAACCCCUUGAUACAAUUCAUUUCUGGGUAUGAUACCCAAAAGAAUUGAAAGCAGGGUCUUAAGAUAUUUGUACACCCAUGUUCAUAACAGCAUUAUUUACAAUUGCCAAAAGGUGGAAAUAACACAAAUAUCCAUCAAUGGAUGAAUGGAUAAACAAAAUGCAAUGUAGAGGUACAAUAGAAUAUUCAGCCUUCAAAAGGAAUGAUGUUCUGCCACAUGCUACAACAUGGAUGAACCUUGAAAACAUGCUGUGUUUAACAGGGACAGAGUUUCACUUUGGGAAGAUGAAAAAGUUCUGGAGGUGGAUGAUGGUGAUGGUUGCACAGCAAUGCAAGUGUGCUUAAUGCUACUGAACUGUACACUUAAAAUGGUAAAUUUUAUGUACUUUGCCGCAAUAAAUUUAAAAAAAAAACCAACCCUUUGGUGACUUCCCCUUGUCCAUGCAGUCGUGUAAUGGAUGGUUAUUGGGUUUUGGCUGCCCUCUCUCAACCUCUACAAAUGCGCUGACUGCAAGACGCCACUUCCCUCCGUGGGCAUGAAGAGGCCAGACACUUGCUCCCCGUGAUCCCAGCAACCAGGACAUAGGCAUCUCACCUGAGCUCAGCCAAUCAGAUUUUGCAUGAGGACCUGGAACGAGGACCAGGAAGAGAGGGAAGGAAAAUUGAGGAUUCAGCGAGGUGGUGGCCUCACGUGUCCAGCGGCAGCCCUGGGCCUCCGCCGCCGUCC